AUGAAGUCAAGUUGCUUUUGUCUAGCUAAACCACUAAUGCCAAACAGAUUCUCACUGUUGGAUAAGAAAUUAUUUCACUUAAAACUUGCUCCACAAAGAGCUAAUUUUGUGAAGCGAAGCGGUAUUAAAAAUGAACUCUUGCAAAAGCUAAACGCGAAGGACACGAAACCAAUUUAUUGGUAA